AUUUGCCUGACACCGCCAAACUUCAAAGGACAUCUCCUUCAAAAGAGACAGACUAUCUACGGGCUACCUUGUAUUUAUGUUGCAUGUGAAAUGCCAUGUCUCAGUCUAAUCUGUUUACAACACUACAUACAAUCUUGAUAAUGUUGGAAAAACUUCAAUCAGUUAUCUUCUAUUCCGAGUGAUGGGAGUAUUUCAUGUGAUAUUGAACAUUUGUACAAUAGGAAAGAAAAACUCAAUGUAUCAGUCGCUUGUCAGGGUUGACCGCUAGCCUUAGACGCGCUCGAUCUCAUCGUCUAUCAUCUUACCUACACCUCUACCAUCCUGACAAAGCUUGAUUUUGCUCAACACGACCUAUCAACGACAGAAAGCUUUAUUGGCCUUUUAGAUAUUCUCGAUACUUGUCGACAUCAAUUGCACAUCAACAGUAUAACAGACCAAGCAAAACCGGACGACGACUCAGUCAAGCAUCACAGAGUGGGUGACCUGUGUCUUGCACCUAUUGCCCUAUUAUACGAUUGUUCUAUUGUACAGUUGUCCACAAUAGUAGUUGAAUGACUCCACCCAUUGGUAUUGUCCUCACCUCACUUCACCUUCAACUGUAUUGGACGAGUCCGUGCACAGUUCCAGUCAUUAUAAGACCCAACCCCGACUCCUCUGCUUCUUCAAACACUCCUACUUCCAUUCCACAGCUUUACUUCUACUUUGGACAUCUUCCCUCACAUCUUACAUCAUUCUUGUUGCACCAUCCCAACCUCUCAACUCAACAUGUCUAAGACUCCAUUCAACUGGGCUGGCUUACCCACCGAAGUCAAAGAGAAAGCACUUGUUUACUGCACCUCAGACUUUGUCAAGUUGUUCCGGGUUUCGCGGCAGGUCCGCGCAAUCUGCAUAGCGUUGACGUUCCGGCUGUUCUUCCACCUCUUCUUCGAGGAUCCCGUCGACUUUAGCAAGCAGCUCUAUCGUCUUGACAAGAAGCGCCAGUUCAGCGCGCCCGUCAACUUCCGCGACUACGAGAAAGCUCAUCUUUACAAGUACUGGCCAUCCAUCUACCCAGACCUCAGCCGCUUCUCGACCUUCAAACACGCUGUCCAGAAAGCCACCCUCAAGUUCGACUUCCGCGAGUACCUCCACUUCUUCAAGAUCACCACCAACGGCUUCAACACGCGCGGUUCCCACCCUGCAACUAGCUCCGACGAUCUCAAGCGUCUGACCAAGCUCCACGACCUCACCAUCAUCCUCCCAGGAAACGAAAACACAGAAACGCUCUGGGAUCGCGCCCGCGACUGGCCGCGCAUCUUCCACGAGAACCCUUGCCCCCGCGCCCUCCACCGCGCCAUCUACGAGCGCGUCGCAAAGGACCUCAUCUACAUCCCGCACGUCAAGGUCGUAGGCUUUCUCGAUCCCAACGAAGAAGCACGCUUCUACAACCUGCGCCAGCACGCUAUCAAGUCCAAUCCGUUCCCCUUCACCCGUCAGGAGCUCGACGAGCUCUACGCCGACGACGCAGGCGGUAUCAAGCUCACCCAGGACGAAGCAGCCGUCGACACGAAGCAUUUGCCUGUUACUCUGCCGUACUGGGACGCCCCAGAGUGCAAGUGCGAAGUCCCUUGCGUGCCCAUCUUCCGUGGUGUCGAGGCUGACGAGUUGCCGCCGUUGGUAGACGACGACGACAGUGACGCUUAGCCUCUUCACAUUUCUGCUGGCCAAUGGUACUGCUGGCUCACCAC